AUGCGCGCGGCUCCCCCCCCCCCCACCGGUGCCAAGAGCGGCCCGCGGGCAUCACGUGGGUCCGGUCCGCUGCCGCGCGGCGCUCCGCGUGUGCCGGGUCCGCGGGACGCAGCCCUGGGUGCAGCAGGGGAGCGCCGAAUCAUCGCUGUCUCGCUUCCCCCCCCCACUCCGAGGCGGAGCGGCGCUCGGCUGCCUUGCCCUCCAUGGUGUCCGUGCCGCCUGCUCCCAGUUCCCUGCAUGGCUCGGCCGCCUCCGGACCCGCAGUUUGUGCUGAGAGGAAGCGGUGCCGCUGUCCACGCGCUGCAUUUUGCCUGCGCAGGUGAAGAACCUGAUGUCCCCGUUCUCUUCUCUGGGUCUGAGAAUGGGUUUAUCCAUGUCUGGAACCUGAAAACUCACAGAGUGGAUGCAGCCCUGGAUGGCCACGGAAGAAAAUCGGUGUGCUGGUUGGAAACGAUGGAUGGUAAAGACAAGCUCCUCAGUCAAGGUCGCGACCAGAGGAUCUGCCUGUGGGACUUAGCAGAGGGACGGGCUUCAGUGACGGAUUCUGUCUGCACGGAGCACGUGGGAUUCUGCAGAUGUUCUCUGUUAAAGGUGGCACCGGGACGCUGGCUAAUGGCCAUGGCAGCCAAGGCCCUGGAGGAGGUUCAGGUUUUGGAGCUGCCAUCCAAGACGUCAGUCUGUACCUUGAAGCCAGAGGUGGGUGCCAAGCUGGGCAUGCCCAUGUGUCUGAAGUUAUGGCAGGUCAACUGUGGUUCACAGCCGUCGCUUCUGGCUGGCUAUGAAGAUGGAUCAGUGCUCCUUUGGAAUUUGUCAACAGGAAAAGUGUUAAGCCAACUUAUUUGCCACCAGGAGCCGGUGAUGAGCCUUGACUUUGACUCGGAGAAGGCCAAAGGGAUCUCGGGCUCAUCCGAAAAGGUGCUUAGCAUCUGGAGCCUCAAUGAGCAACAGAACCUGCAGGUUCAAAAAACGCACAGCCUUGUCAACGCUGGCAUAUCUGAUAUCACCAUCCGUCCAGACAAGAAGAUUUUAGCAACGGCCGGGUGGGAUCAUCGCGUCAGGAUCUUCGGCUGGAAAAAACUGAAGCCCUUAGCAGUGCUUAACUACCACACAGCAACUGUCCAUUGCGUGUCCUUCUCAGACCACAAAAACCCCAGUGAGAGACUGCUGGCAGCUGGUGCAAAAGAUCACCGCGUCAGUAUCUGGUCCAUAUAUACUCAGACGUGAUACGUUCUGCGCUGUCAUGCACUAGGAAAGUAGGAUCGAUGAAGCAAUUCCUCACACUGUAAUUCAAACCCGGAUCUGGGGAAGUAGUAGAAUGUUUUUCCAGGCUGAGGUGAGUCCCUGGAAAUGGCUAGAUUAAAUUUUUUUAUGCUGCUUGUUCAUGUGGAAAGUUCUGUCUCCCAGAGAGGGGAGUUGACUUCUAAAAUUUAUAACAAGUGGAGCAAGGCCAGUCGUGAACAAAGACAGAGGACAAGUUCUGCUGCAGGUUUUGCAACAGCUUUUCUUUGGCAUGUUGCUAAAAUAACUUGGGCCAAUUUCUGGAAAAAGAACUGGAAUCUCUCAGACUUCUGUGGGGGCAGAACAUCUCUGUUCAUAAGAGCCUGUAUCAGUGUAAAAUAUCACUCUUCUGUGAGAACUUACACCCAUUAAAGCACCUCCAGUGGUUUUUCA